GUUCCGUCUAUACUCCCGAUGAGCACUCUGAACAUUUCUCCCGCUUCAAAGAUCAGCUGGAUGAGGUGCUUCUGAAGGAAGAAGUACCAACUGACUCCUUGAUUGAGCUCUUCAACAACACUAAGCCGGCUUUAUUGCAAUCCAUGGUUGACAAAAUCAACUCGAUGCAGCAGUCGUGGACGGCCUCCAAAGAUCAGCCACCUUUCAAGG